GAUAUGUCAAGAAGAAUUCCAGGCAAGAAAAAGAGGAGAUUUCGAGUAAAUGAUGAGGAGUCAGAACUAUCACUGACCAGGAAACAGAGUAUCUUCUCUACGGAGCUGGAUGUCAUGCCUCUUCUUGCUGGACAGAAAACUGUCGUGAGUCAUGCCAAAGAGAAAAACGCCAAAAUUUUGGAUUGCUUUUUGAGUUUAACAGUAGAUGUCCCACUUAUGACUGAGAAACAGAAGCAGGAUUUAAACCCUUUGGUUAUAAAGAUCAAGUCUGUUGCUUACCUUCCUACAGGUCCUGUGCCUCUCGAUCAACUACAGGAUAUCAAUGUAAUCCUCACAGGGGCGUUGGACCCUCGGAAUCUUCGUGAAUACCUGGAAGGACCGCCAAUGGAAGUCGAGAUCCAUGACAGGGACAGAAAAGAGGAGAUAUAUUUAGCUGUACCUUCUCUAUUUGGGGAAGAUUCAGCUGAUGCGAAUCUGACCAACAUGAGUCAUAUUACUUACAAUGACAAUGUGGUCGAAAAUGCAUUAGAAAGUAUUAACAAGAAGUGGGAUCCUUAUGGGAUCGCUAAUGUCAGUUUUGCCGAUCUGCUGCUUGGCCAAAAGGUGAUGGACAUAUUUGUGCCCAUUCACAGAUGUAAGCCUGACCCCUCUUACUACCAAAAGGAGAAUAAGGGACGUAGGAAAAGCUUUGGAGGUAAUGAUCCAAUGGACAUGCUGCGGUCUUCUCCAAUGCCCAUGGGCAACUACUUUGAAUACUCCUCAUUGCUUCGUUUGAGGAUAGAGUUAUGCGUGCCCCUGAAGUUAGGAGUAGGGGGAGAUGGGCUUGAAAUUGAACGAUUCGGGCGCAUAAUUUAUUUUUUUGAUUCUUCAAAAAUUGACUUCUUGAAGGAUCUACUGAGGGGUAUUUCUGAAAUCAAUGCCAAGGCACUCAACUUGGAAUCUUACCCUCCUCAAGAUGUUCAAGAGGUGCUCUCAGCUUUUAAGGUGAAAAUUAAAGUACAGGCAAAUCUAGACCAGGAUGUGAUUACUGGAUUCCAUGUGUUUGAUGGAAAAAUUCACCUCUUUAUUUUGGAAGGACUGGCACAACAAGGAUUGAGAAGGCUGUGGGAGAGAUAUCCAAAACGUGUACCAUGUUCACAAGAAGGGAAGUUUCACAUUUUUUAUAACUCGGAGUUAUCAUUUCAUGAACGUCUGUACGCGGAUCUGGAUACUAUGUUAUACCAUAUCCAUCUGUGCAAACCUCUUACAUCUUUAGUGAAACAGUCGAUGAUUUAUGUCAGAGGACUGAUUCCUCAGCCAUCCUUUCAAGCCUUGAUAAAGAUCGAUGCCAUCUGUCAGAGCCAAAAACUGAAGGAUGUCAUAGAAAGAGAUCUGUUGCCUUCUUCAGCAAUGAUAAAAUGCAUGAGCCAAGAGUUUGGGAUUCCUGUGAGUAGGUCAGAGUUAUUAACUCCAAUCCCAAUGAAGAAAGUGCCAUGUACUGUUUUAAAGACAGAAGCACCAGAAAAAAAAGUGCAUGGCCUUUGUUCCCUCAUCAAAUUACAUGAAGAAAAUUAUCUACAAUGGAAAAAGGACAUGGAGAUAAAACGGGUCAUAGGGCCAAACUACAUUCAGAAAAACCUUGUUGGAGCAUCUCUACCUAGAAGAACCUACCUGCAGCCUGAAGUGAAAAUAAUCAGAAUUAUUCCCCCGGAUGGGAAGUCCGUCUAUAAUUACAGCAUUCAGACUUUGAACUCUGGGGAGCUUGCAAAGCAGCAGUUGGUUGCUCAGAUGAACAAGGAACGAGGCAAAAGGUUCACUUACUCUCAAGACUACCUCACAUCCUUUCCAGAACCUUUGGGCCUGCCCCACCGAAAGUCCAAAUCUAAGUUCUGGCUUACUCCCAAAGGAUUUCAAGUUCCUGGAUAUCAGAGCAGUUUUGAAAGUAACCUACACCCCAAGAAGCCCGAUCCGAACCGGGUAGAAGAAUUGAGAGAGUCAUGGCAAGAGAAUAGUCUCUUUGCUAAUAUCAUGAAGCCUGUCCUUGAUAGGGAGAGGAUGGGUUGGGAGCAGCGGCAUUUGGAUUUUGACAUUUACAAGAAGCCACCGCCUACUGCAAACAUUUCCCUAAAAGGCAAGGCCAAAACUGACUAGAAGAAUCAAGCCCUUCAAUAACUGAUCAUGUUGUUUCCUAGCAAAUUACAGUCACCAAACCUAUUUCCCAAAGAAAUGCUUCUGUCUCCAAAACCAACUGGAUUUCACAAACAUCCUGAAAGUCAAUGGCUAAGGGGCUUCACCACGUGUGUACUGAACUCAGGAGAGGAAAGCCGCCUGUG